GCUGCGAAAGGGAAAGAGGAGGUGGGUAUCGGAGUAGUUCGGAAAAGAAAAGAAUGAGCGGCGGCGGAGAUAUACACGCGGCAGCUAGGUCAGGCGAUCUUUCAAAACUUCAAUCAAUUCUGGCGUCCAACCCUUUGGCCGUAAACUCCAGAGAUAAGCACUCCAGAACUCCACUGCAUUUAGCAGCAUGGGCUGGGCAAGCACUGGUUGUGAGUUAUCUCUGCAAGCAUAAAGCUGAUGUCGGUGCUGCUGCCAUGGAUGACAUGGGUGCGAUUCAUUUUGCAGCCCAGAAAGGGCAUCUAGAGAUUGUCCGAACUCUGCUCUCGGAAGGAGUUUCGGCCAAAGCCACUAAUCGCAAGGGAUUCACUCCGCUUCACUAUGCUGCACAAGGGUCGCAUCUAGAAGCAAUCAAAGUCCUGUUAAAGAAAGGUGCAAGUCUCAGUGCCAAAACAAAAGCCGGGAAAACCCCACUUGAUCUUGCAGUAAGUGAAGAAAUUCGCUCGUUUCUGAAAGAACGUGAACAGUCUCCCAUGGAAGUAAAUCCGGGCGGUAAAAGGAAGGUUGAGCAACCUGAUUCUUCAAGGCCACCAUUGCCGGAAAAACCAGAAAAAUUUGCUGAUGAAGCUACCACAGCCGAUCAAGAUGGGCAAGAGGAUGAGGGUUUAAAAAGGAAAGGUGAUGAAAAUAACCAGGAAGCCUUAUCGGAAUAUAAGAAACCAAGAGUUGUUCUUAAUCACCUAAUCGACGAAGAUGACACUCAAGAAGACGACGAAACCUCUUGAGGACACUAGAGCAGAAUGAAGACCAUCCUCGAGCAUUGCUUGAUUACAAGAUGGUGAAUCAAUCAACCAACGCUAACAGUAGAAGCAGUAGUGCCUUGUGAUUAGUUUUAGAUUAAUUUUUGCCAUUUGUGUUGAACCAUUCAAGUUUCAUCUUUCAAUGAUCAGUAAUGUUGUGCUGGAGAUUGCCAUUUUGUUGAAGUGGAUAGCUAUGAUAGCAGAAGCAUUUAUGCAGUGAUACUGAACGCUGUGUAUAACAGUGUUAUAUGAAUUUGGUAUAGUAUGCCAAGCUUGUUUUUUGUUUAAA